AUGAAGGAUGCUCGCGGGCCACACGUCCCCAACGACUUUGUGCAGAAGCAGAAUUCCAGCAAGUCAAAGCUUCGAGGAUCAUGCGUCUUGCACACGGUCAAUAAUACAAGAAGAGCAACGCAAGAUAAUUUACACCAACGUCAGCUUCAAGGAAGAAUUCAACAACAACAACAACAACAACAACAACAGCAGGAAUGA